AUGGCUCCCGAUCUCAACUCUCUUCCCCCCUCCACGGGGGAGACCUCAGCAUCUUCCGCCCCUCAGCUCUCUGCUGAAGCUGAUAGACCUAACAUCCUCUUCAUUAUGGCCGAUCAAUUGGCUGCCCCUCAACUAAAGAUGUACAACCCUAACUCCCAGAUCAAGACGCCCAACCUCGACCGUCUUGCUUCAACCUCAGUCCAAUUCGACUCUGCUUACUGCCCUUCACCACUCUGCGCCCCUUCCCGCAUGAGUCUGAUCAGUGGCCAACUUCCCAUGAAGAUUGGGGCUUACGACAAUGCUGCCCAGAUUGGCUCUGAUGUUCCAACGUAUGCCCACUACCUACGCUCCAAGGGCUACCACACUUCUCUUGCUGGCAAGAUGCACUUUAUUGGUGACCAACUCCACGGUUAUGAGCAGCGACUGACCAGCGACAUUUACCCUGGUGAUUUCGGCUGGGCUGUGAACUGGGACGAGCCCGAUACACGCCUUGAGUGGUACCAUAACGCCAGCUCCAUUCUUCAGGCUGGUCCCUGUGGCCGAAGCAACCAACUUGACUACGAUGAGGAGGUCAUGUUCAAGAGCACUCAAUACCUCUGGGACCACGUCCGAGAAGGUCCCAAGAAGCGACCUUUUGCCUUGACUGUCUCUCUUACCCACCCACAUGACCCUUACACCAUUACCAAGAAGUAUUGGAACAUGUACGAAGAUGUCGACAUCAACUUGCCUGAAGUCAAGAUGAAGAAGGAGGACCUUGACGCCCACAGCCAGCGUCUUCUCAAGGUCUGUGAUCUUUGGGACCAGGACUUUACUGAGGAGCAGAUCAAGCGUGCUAAGCGAGCAUACUAUGGCUCAGUGAGCUAUGUUGACGACUGCAUCGGUCGUCUUCUCGAGACACUUGAGGAUGCAGGCCUAGCCGAAAACACCAUUGUUAUUUUCAGCGGCGAUCAUGGUGACAUGCUGGGUGAGCGUGGACUCUGGUACAAGAUGAGCUACUUCGAGUCAUCCGUCCGCGUCCCUAUGUUGAUCAAUUACCCCCAGCGAUUCACCCCCCACCGAGUUACCCAGAACGUAUCAACUCUUGAUCUUCUACCCACUAUCUGCGACUUAGUUGGCACCAAGCCAUCUCCUUACUUGCCUAUGGACGGAAUCAGCAUGCUACCUCAUCUUGAAGGCCGUGAGGGUCACGACACUGUUAUUGCCGAAUACACUGGCGAGGGUACUAUCCGCCCGAUGAUGAUGAUCCGAAGGGGCGACUGGAAGUACAUCACUUGCCCAGCCGACGAGCCUCAACUGUACAACCUUGCGCGUGACCCCAAGGAGCUGGACAACCUUGCCCGUUUCAGAAAGAUCGCACCACAGACACCCGAGGAAGAAGAGGCCAAAGAGGCUUUCACCAAGUUCGAGGCCGAAGCACACGCUCGAUGGGACUUUGAUGAUAUUACCGAAAAAGUCAUCUUGUCUCAGCGCACACGAAGAGUCGUGUGGGACGCCCUCAAGGAGGGUGAGUUUACCAGCUGGGACUUCAACCCCGAUGAUGACGGUAGAAAGAAAUACAUCCGCUCCACCAUCCCACUUGACGAUCUGGAGCGCCGAGCUCGCUACCCUUUUGUUGACGCCAAUGGGUACGAAAGCAAAGCCGUUUCACAUGUUCGCAGCAGCUAG